CAUGGUCCUGCCCGUUGCCAACCCCACCAAGUCGUACUGGAUCGAGGCCGCCAACUCGUCGCUGCGCAAUCAUCGCUCCAGUGACGGUCUGCCUGCGGAGACGGAUGUGGCUAUAAUCGGCAGUGGGUAUGCGGGUGCUGCCACAGCUUAUUGGAUGCACAGAUAUACCGAGAAGGCUCCGACGCAGCCUCACGUGACUAUUUUGGAAGCUAGAGAUGUCUGCGGCUCUGCCACGGGACGAAAUGGAGGACAAUUGCGACCACACGCCUACUCUCGCUAUUCGGUAUGGAGCGAACGCUUCGGACCCCAAGGCGCAAUGGACCUCAUCGCCCACGAAAUGGCACAUUUGUCUGCUUUUGAAGAGCUAGCGAAUGAAGAGGGUAUCGCCGAGGAAGUAUGUUUAAAGUUCGGCGAGACGUUCGAUGCGGCCAUGACACAGGAAGCCUGGACCCGGCUCAAGGGCGCAUACGAUGCUAUGCGGAGAGAUCACGGCGAAGAUCACAAGAUCGUUAAGCUGUGCAGAGUCGUUGAGGAUGCGCUUGAGGCGGAGGAGGUUUCGCAGAUGAAGGGUGCUAUCGCGGCGGUGCUGCAUCCUGCUGGACAAAUAUGGCCCUACAAAUUCGUACACGCCCUCCUCCGCAUCCUCCUCCAAAAAGGUCAUCUAAAUCUACAGUCACACACACCCGCAACACAUGUAUCAAAGCGCGAUGCCAACGGCUGGAUCACGGUAACGACGCCCCACGGAAAGAUACGUGCCAGAUCCGUAGUCCACACCACGAACCGCUGGGCCUCGCACCUCCUCCCCGAAUUCAGCAAGCUCAUCCUGCCUGAUCGUGGCGCCGUGGCCGCCAUCAAGGCGCCUGAAGGCUUCAUUAAGCGCACAGGCGCCCAGCACUGGGAUGCUGUCGUGAAUAAUUACCACCUCCAACUUCCCCCGCCCUACAAUACCAUCAUCAUCGGCGGCGCCCGGCAACUCCUCAUCCACCAGCCCGACUCAUGCCACCAAAACGACGCAGAAGACAAGCACAUCCCCGGCAUAGUCGAGUUCUUCAAGACGUGGCCCAAGUCGGAUAUCGUGGACUGGCAAGGCUCCAGUAAAGCCGAGCUCGGCCUAGCCGACGAGCAGGGCGGUUCUUGGUCAGGCGUGGAAAGUUCAAGCGCAGACGGGUUUCCAUUCGUAGGCUCUGUGCCCGAGAGGCAGGGUCACUUCAUUGCCGCUGGCUUUGCGGGACAUGGCAUGCCGCGCAUCCUCCUCUCAGCCGCACACAUCACGCCGCUCGUCCUUGGGUCCCUCAACAUCUCAUCCAGCAUACCCCCUCUUGCCACUUCAUUCCCAGCACUACCGAAGCCAUUCCACGCCACGAGGGAACGCAUCGAGAAGCUCCAGGAGACGGAUUUGGAGGCGCUGAGGGAGGCGUAUAGACAGAAGUGUAAGGACAGCGCGAAGAAGGAGUUUUGUAAUACGGCGAGGAGUUUAUGAGUAAGCGAGGCGAAGGUCUAGAGAGGGGAG